UCAUGUGUUCACACCUUCAUUUUCAACCACUCCAACUUGGUGCUGUUAUUAUAUUGUAGACAAGACUAAAGAGUGUACAUUCAACUUACUUUUUUUUAUAAAAUUUAAGAUCUCUGUCCCCUUGAGUUCCAUUGUCUUUUUUGCUCAUUAAGUAAGAGAAUUAAGGAUGAGUUCAAUUUAUGAGUUUGUUAUGUUGCUUUUGUUUUCACAAGUCAUGUUGCUAGUUGUGUUGGUGAGUGGAGAUGAGAAUAAGUACGAAGAAGGAGAGUGUCCACCUUCAUUUAGUUGUGGAUAUCUUGGCAAUAUCAGCUUCCCUUUCACUACAACUGAACACAAAGACUGUGGCUUAUUGCCAAUACAAUAUUGUCAUGAAUCUAUGAUGAAGCCCAAAGUGAUCCAAUAUCAGUAUAAAGGGAUAUUGUUUGAGUUUGAGGUUGAAGCUGUAAUCCCUCCUUUGUUUCACGCUGGUGGUGGUAGUGUUUCUUCUACUUGUAUUUUUAGAGACAAACAACUCUACAAAUUACUUCAAGACAAAAAUUGUGAAGCUUUCAGAUAUAAUUUUACUUUUCCUCCAACCCCUGAUCACUUUGUUUCUUUUAACCCCGAUACUUAUACGACCUUGUUCAUGUGCAACCAUACCCUUCAUGUCAACCCUCCAAAUUAUAUGCAUAACUAUACACACUGUUCUCAUUACAAUAUCUACUACCAGCCUCACAUCAGGGCUGAUAAUGCGUCUCGCAGUGCUUUUACAGCUUGUACAAAUGUCAAGCUUCCGAUUAAAGACCUCGCUGACUCUGACAACCCUUUUACUUUUGUGACUGCUGAUAUCUUAACUGAAGUGAAGAUAACAGAUGAAUGUGCACAUUGUCACUACAUGCAAAGAGGAUGUUGUCAACUUGACAUCAAUGGAAGGUUUUUUUGUGCCAAUGGUACAAUUAUAGAGAAAAAGGGGCUGAGUCGGAAUGUCAAACUGGGUGUAGGUUUGGGAAUUGGAAUCACAGGCAUCUUGUUGUUUGGGUCGCUGUUUCUCCUUCUACUCUACAAACGAAAACAUGCUAUAUCAGUUCGACACUUCCAAUCUAAUAACUCUUAUUCUGAUUCCUCGGUGAAUCCACGCCGAGAAUUUGGUAGCAAAUACUUUGGAGUUCCAGUAUUCUCCUACGAGGAGCUUCGAAAAGCAACAGACAAUUUCGAUCAUACUAAAGAACUUGGAGAUGGAGGCUUUGGUACUGUCUACUUUGGAAAGCUUCCAGAUGGACGUGAAGUUGCUGUCAAGCGUUUAUACGAACACAAUUACAGGAGAGUACAACAGUUCAUUAAUGAAGUUAACAUCCUCACUAAUUUGCGGCACAAGAAUCUCGUGUCCCUCUAUGGCUGCACUUCGCGGCACAGCCGUGAACUACUGCUUGUGUAUGAAUAUAUCUCAAAUGGCACCAUUGCAUGUCAUCUUCAUGGUGAAUUGGCCAAACCCGACAUACUACCAUGGUCUAUACGAAUUAAAAUCGCCAUAGAAACUGCUACUGCCUUGGCUUAUCUCCAUGCUUCUGGUAUCAUUCACCGUGACGUGAAAACCAGCAACAUACUACUCGACAACAAUUUUUGUGUUAAAGUAGCAGAUUUUGGACUUUCAAGGUUAUUCCCUGAGGAUGUCACUCAUGUUUCCACAGCUCCGCAAGGGACUCCGGGUUACCUUGAUCCAGAAUAUCACCAAUGUUACCAACUUACUAGCAAGAGUGAUGUAUAUAGUUUUGGAGUUGUACUCAUUGAGCUGAUAUCAUCUAAGCCUGCAGUUGAUAUAAGCAGAAGUAGGGAUGAGAUUAACUUGUCAACUCUAGCAACAAAGAAGAUUCAAGAGAGUGCAAUUGGUGAGCUGGUGGAUCCUUGUCUUGGUUUUGAUGAAGACAAUGAGGUAAAUAGGAUGAUAGUUUCAGUGGCAGAAUUGGCUUUUCAAUGUUUGCAAAAGGACAAGGAGUUGAGGCCUUCUAUGGAAGAAGUAUUGGAUGAACUUAGGAGAAUAGAAAGUGGGAAUGAUGGGGUUGUGGUUGUAGAGGAGGCAGAUAUUGAUGGUGUUGGAUCUUCGCACAGUAAUGUACAUCCACCACCACCACCAUCAGCCGCCUCGCCUGAAUUGGACGACAUUGGAUUAUUGAAGAAUACGAAGCAUAUGUCAUUAAUGAAGAAUAUGAAGCAUCCGUCUUCACCAAACACUGUCACUGAUAAAUGGGAAAGUAUAAGUACUACGCCUAAUGUCAGUGCUUAAUCACUUUGUUUUGAUAAUCCAUUUUUACUGUAUCAACUUUAAGCAUUCAUUAUUAUUAGUUGAAACAUGAAAAUGAACGAGUCAAUGUAUCAUUGUUGUCUCACCCGCUUGUAUAGAUGAUAAUACGAUGAUUAUUUUUCGCAAAAUUGUAGUAAAUGAUCAGACAAAGAAUUGAGUUGAGAAGGAGGUACAUGUAAAUAUCAUUAAAAGAGGUACAAAAGUAAGACAUAGAAGAGGGGGAAUCUUUUUUUUCCCUCUUCAUCUUUGAAAUGCUUAAUCUGUACAUUAUAUCCGUUCA